AUGGCCACAGCCAUUACUACCACCGCACUCACAUCCGAAGAAGAAAAUGUUUCUAAUCCUUACACCGUACAAAACAAAGAAUCAUCGUUUCUCCAGAGGACUAAUCGUUUCCUUGCCCAAAGUCGACCCCCUGCUGAUAAAAUGACGUGCGACAGGUACCCUAGGGUUUGUAAGACCAAGGGGAGUCCUGGCCCGGACUGCUGCAAGAAGCAAUGCGUGAAUGUGAUGACAGAUUCACUUAACUGCGGAAUGUGCGGGAAGAAGUGCGACUACUCCAAGAUGUGCUGCCAAGGAGAGUGUGUGAACCCAUCUGCCGACGAGAAGAAUUGUGGCCGUUGUAACAAUAAGUGCGGGAAUGGAAGCUCGUGUGUUUAUGGGUUGUGCAGCUACGCUUAG